CGUAAAGGAAAGAAGAACAAGAAGCACAUUGAGAUAAUUAUGAUUAAUUUCAUUAAUGAUCAAUCAUUAAUUUCAUUAAUAAUUCUGAUAUCAGAAUUUGGUCUUCUUCAGUUCGAUCCACGAUGCUACCACCAAAAGUAUCUCAACAAAAAUCCUGACCAUUUUAGCAAUACAACACAAUUACUUUUUGAUUCAACGUACGACUAAUUACUCCACUCUUCUUUCUAUAAAGGGUUCUAAUUAAAAUCGAGCUUAGCAUUCUGGUAUAGGGAUUGGAUCGAAGUCAUCAUAAACAAUAAUGGUUUUAGACAUUGAAACCGGUUAAUUAAUCAAAUCUUAUUGGUAUUCUUUUAAUCCCUAAGCAUGGCACACAACAACAACUCAUACGACCUUUCUCCCUUAGGAUAAAAGGAAAAAUAAACAAUUUGGUAAGCCACUUCAUGAUAAAAAUAAACAAUAAGUUGCCAAUUAUCAUCGAUCGCUAUCACGAUUUCAAAGAAAGAGUGUUCCAAAACAAACGCACCCAUACUUUCUAUAUGUGGAGAGGGAGAGGUCCCAAAGCAUGUCAAUGUGACACCACACCACUAGCAAAAAAGUUUAUCAACUUGUUCUCAUUUGGCCUUUCCCUAUGGAAAGGAGAAAAGUCGGAGACCAAGAGCUCAUUUGCUUCAUGGAUUUGAUACAUGAAGGUUUUGGUCAAAACUUGCGUUUUUAUAAAACCAAGGAUUUAUGAUGGAAUUGAUCAAUUUGGUUUUUGGAUAAAACCAUUGUUUGCUUGAUGAAUUUCAUGAUGGAUUCUGCAUUAUUAUAUUUGUGGUUAUAUUAUGAAUUUACCUAUCUAUCCUUACUAUCUCUUACUUAUUGUUCGAAACAAAACAAAAUGAGGAUAAAAUAGUAAAUAACCAUCAUGGACUUGAGACACCCACACAAAUCCCACCAUUUGAAAUGGAAUUUCCAAGUCCAUGGGGUCCACGGAUUUGCACCCAAAAAAACUGUGGGCCCCACGGAGUUGUCCCUACUAAAUCCAUCAAGCAAACGACGGAUUGUGUACAAAGUCCAUGAUAGUUGAUUUUUAUGAACCAAAUCCAUGAUGAAAUUCAUUAAGCAAACAAGGCUCAAAUGAAGUAUCAAACGUUUUGUUUUGUUGGUCGAUGAUGGUGAUAGAUCUUAGAAGAGGUUUUCGAUUUCUUAUAGAUUUCACGAUCCAAAAUCAAAAUCUUUAAAUAAUAAAGUGAUUUGGAAUUGACAAUUAGUAAAAAGUUAAUUUCUUAUUGCUCCAAUGUCUAUUUAAAUAUGAAGACCUAACCGAAUUGACACCCUAAGUUACAUGGGGAAGUCAAUGGUGCCCAAAUCAUGAACGAGUGGAAAAGCAAGAAAAGAAAAGAAGAGAGUUUACCAACAAAAGCAAUGUGUCAAUCGGCACCAUAUAUCUCAUGUCUUUCCUUAUUGUCUCCUUUUCAGAUUAAAAGGUAACCCUACUUCACUAUAGUUAGGUUGACUUCGAAUUCUUCUUGUAGCAUUAGCCAUUAGUACAAAACAUAAACCUAACAAUUUCUCAACCAUUAGUUUCAUAAGGAAACGACAUAAAAGAAAUGCAACAAAAUCUCAAGAAUAUAUAAGUUAUUUGUAGUUAUCGGACAUUCUCACAACGAGUGAUGAGUAAUAUUUGGAAAUUUUCAUUGUAUAUUUUUGUGAGCGGGACGAAGGUUGGGGGAAGAGGCUCAAUAGUUUAAACUUAUGGUGAAAACCUAAUAAUGAAUAUUAUGCAUAAGUUUGAAGUUUGCAUAGCAGUGUACUUACACCUCGUGCUUAAAUAAGCCACAGGUUGAGGGUAAUGAGGAUUGAAAUGCAAAACAUUGUGAGGAAAGACUUUGAUACCGUAUUAAAAAUAAGCUCAUUCCAAUAAUUUAUAUAGUCGAAUUAUGACGAGAAAUGUAUAAUGUAGACAAUGGGAUAGAGACACAAAUGAGACUAAGGUCAAUGAACAUAUUGAACAUUGGUAUUCAUCCAACUAACCUACAAAAAAUCAAACUUUGAAUCACGUUUAAUCCCACAAUAACAACCGACCGACUUCCUCUCUAGGUCCCAUGCGUGGCUUUAGUGUCAAAGGUUAGUAGAUAACCCUCACCAAUUGGAGAAAUUUCGCAAUUGCAAAGGUUUGAAAACUACUUGCCUUGUGAUCCAUUGAAUAGUGUAACCAAAUCAAUCCAUUAAUCAAAUCCAAAGCAAGUAACAGAGUACAAGCAUAGUGUAGUGAGAGCUAAACCUAACCAAUUAAUAUGACCCCUACAAUUAACUAAGAAAGAAAUUGGAGAAACAUUACAUUCAAUUUGAUAUGAUCCAUUCCAAAUACCAAUUUGAUCUAGAACGAUACUAUAUGGACCCAAUCGUUGCACACCCCAUCUUACCAAUAACACUACUUGAGAGAAAGAAGACAUGCAAGUAGGCUAUUGUCCAUUGUCUUUGCCUACCCUUUGGGUAGAGACUUCAUACAAUCUCUUUGGUUAUAGAUGGGCUUUUCGUGGUUUGAGAGGGGGCCUCGAGCUCCAUAAUCAGGCACCGAUCUCUUUCUAGUACUUGGGCUAGUUGGAUUGGGUGGGUUUUGACUAGAAGGAAUAGGAAACGAAGACCAAAAAGAAAGGCCACAUUACAAAAUGGUUAACGUAGAGCAAAGAAACACGUAACUUGACAUCUUUGAAGUUUUAGCAAACCUUGUUUUAUGGAAUCAUUAAUUGAUGAAUGUCAAGUUGUCAACGUUGUGUAUUCGUUUGCCCUAAUAACUUCAUAAUUACAAUUCCGUUUGUGUUUGUAUUUGUGGUAGUUUACUAUUUGAUCCCUUUAUGAUUCGAGGAUAGCGAACAAGCUCCGUAUAAAACUUUUCAACAUCCAAAUCCUCGUAUAAGAAUCAAUUAAAAGUCUAUUUGUUGUCCAAAAUUUUGCUCUUUCACAUGAUGUGCGAGACCAAAUUUGCCAAUGAUAAUCUGUAGUUGAGUUGGAUUCCUUUCUUGACCUCCUUUAAUCGUCAUCAUGAGUGGCGUGAUUUUAUUUGAGGCGACCUAUUGAAGGUAUCUUAAAUAGCUCCGCCUCAAUAUACCAUGGAAAUGGAGUGUUGGUAACUACUGAUGGCAAUUUGAACUCGCCCAGACGGGUAUUGCCGGACCUGACCGGCUGACCCGCACCAUUACCUUCACUGCCGGUAACUUGAAAGGUAUUCAAUUCAUACGUCAAAAUUUGCAUAAUACAAGGUCCUGAAAGUUCAAAACUUUCUAAAACCUGAGUUCAUUUGUAAAUUCUCACAUGGCGACAAAGUUUUAGCAACAUGAUCACAGCCUGCAAUCAUCAUCACCUUUCAUUUUCCUCUUCUUUCUGGCAAGCACUCGUUUUCUCUGUUGAUGUAGCCAUAGGUCUCCCAAUAAAUAUUCCUUUCGUUAUACCUAGGAGAAGGUAACCCAAUCCAUUCCGAUCAUUUCCGAUCAAUAAAGAAAUGGAGACGGACAGAAAACCGCCGCCGAACAUCAACAACCUGCCGGAAGAUUGCCUGGCGGAAGUCCUGUCUCACACCGGGCCCGUGGAGUCGUGCAGGCUGGCCACCGUCUCGCCGGCGUUCAACUCUGCCUCCCAAUCCUCCGCCGUCUGGAACAAGUUUCUUCCGCCGGAUUACCGCCAUAUCCUCACCCGCUCUUCCUCUGACGCCGCCGGCGGCGGCCGUGAUUCCCUUUCGAAGAAGCAGCUCUUCUUCGCCCUCUGCCAGCAUCCUGUCCUGAUCGACAACGGCAGCAAGAGUUUCUCGCUGGACAAACGGACGGGGAAGAAGUGCUUCAUGCUGUCGGCGAGAGAGCUCCGAAUCGUUUGGGGCGACACUCCGCUCUACUGGCGGUGGAAUUCUGAUCACCCCAAUUCCAGAUUCGGUGAAGUGGCGGAGCUGCUGGAUGUUUGCUGGUUCGAGAUAAGGGGCAAGAUCGAGACCCAAAUGCUAUCUCAGUCGACCCAAUACGCAGCUUACCUAGUGUUCAAGUACUUCCCGGAGAGGAAUUCCGGCGGAGGGUUCCACCGGCAGGGUUUCACGGCGACGGUGGGGGCGACGGGGAGCGAGGAGGUGAGCAAAAGGACGGUGGGGUUGGAGAUAGGAACAGGGGAUCGGAGGAGGCAUUUUGGGAGGCCGAAGGGAAAGGAGGAGCUGCCUAAUGAGAGAAGAGAUGGGUGGAUUGAAGCGGAGCUUGGAGAGUUCUUUGUGGGGGAUGAAGGGGAAGAAGAAGAAGUGGAGAUGAGAUUGAAGGAGGUCGUGGCUGGCCCAAAAUCUGGAAUGGUGGUUCUUGGCAUGGAAAUCAGGCCCAAGCAUUAGUGCCACUACGGUACUCUUUUAAGUUCAAAUAUUGAAACUAUUAUAUGUUCAUGUAAAUUUGAUUUUGGCUCUUAAACAUUUGGUAUCUCUUUGUAAAUUGUGAUAAAUGUUUUCUCUUCUUAUUUCGAUUGAUGUUUCUGGCCCCCAAGCUCUAUUUGUACAAAAAUUAUUAGAUGAUUUCGAAUCAACAUCUGAAAAAAUGAUCUUAUUGGUACACAGAUGAUAUCAAAAUGUUGGUUCAUGUUAUUUGGGACUAUUCAUUUGUAUACUUUCUCUAGUGGAUAGAGUUUAUGUAAGAAUGAUAUUGUAUUUUAUUAAUUUACAUAAUUAAAUAUUCCCAAACUGAAAUGAUAGGUUACGAUAAUCAUAAAUCACACUAAAUAUAUCAUAUCAGACCAAACCAAACUGAAAUGAUGAGGAACCUAGUUCCAAAACAUAAGUCCAAAGGAUUCCAAAGAGUAGGGAUGUGCAUUGAAUGAGUUGCGCGGUUUUUAGUAAAAAUUCACCCCACAAGUACUAAGCGGGUGAACUUAAUCUUAACCUACACACUCACCCAAAUUUAAGUGUUGGGUGGAUUUGAUGCGAGUUACUGAUGAGUAGGGUGGAUGAAGGUGGUUUUGAUAAAUUUGAAUACAAGUAUUAAUAACCAAACAUGAAUCCUUAACAAAACAUCCAUUUGAUUGAGAAACAAAAGAAGUUUGGGAAAAACUUUUAACAAAUCGUAGACUAAGUUUAAUUGAAAAGUAGUAAAGAGAGGAAAUUGGAAUUGGAAUGGAAAACAAAGACUAAUUAGGAUAUGCAUCGCAUGAAGUUUGGGAGAAAUCAUUGGCCGCAGACAAUUAGAAUCAAACGAUCAAAUUUUGGAAAGAAGUACAAAAGAGAUUAUGGAAAAAUUAGUUUGGAGGAGAGUUUUAGAGAUUCAGCGUCGAUUAUGGGUGGGUAAUGAGUUUGAUAGGUAAAACCCACACUCACCCCCUAUUUUGAUGAGUUAGACAGAAAGCAACCUACAUCCACUCACAAAUCACAAUACCCACCAGUAUUAUAGUGAGUUUCAUGGAGAACCCACCCAAUACCCAUCCCUACCAUUUGUUCUACCACCUGACCCUUUUAGAGCUCUUUUUCCCCCACAAACCUUAUAUUUGCCAAGUUGUAUAUAAUCCCUAGUAGUGUGACAGCUCACUUGACAAGAUAAAAGUUUGGAAAGUUCCCCAAAUAUCAAGUCCAUUGGUGCAGUGAACUCCAAACAUGAUCUCAUUUAUCCCCUUUGCCUCCUGCAAUUGGCCCCAAGUUGUCCUACAAUUGGGGGACCUCACUCACUGAACCCAUAGCCACAUUCUCUGAACAUGUCCAUCAUCACCCUGCCCUUUCUCCUUCCACAUUCCUUCAAAAUGAAACUCUGACUCCAACUCACACAAUUCGACUAUAAUGCUCACAAAUCAAAUUGUGAAAACGUACUUACAGAAAUGCUGAUUUAUCUAAUCUCGCGUUAGCGCUUCAGAGUAGAUGAGAUAGAUAGCUUUUUCCCCAGAAGAGUAUAGUAUUCUGCUUGUGGUAUUGCCACGACCUACAUGGAUGGACAAUCGUAUAAGGCUUUGACAUGAAGUUAAGAGUUAUGUCUAUGCAUUUCCAGCUCCAUGCAAAUCUGACAGGCCCAUCAAAAUCCAAUCCUUGAACCCUGGCAGGAUCAAAUUCCUACCCAUUAUUCUUUCUCUGGCUUUCCUUUUUUCUCAAAAGCAAGCUAGCCCAAGCCAUGCCAUGGCCAAUCCAUUCCUCUGCUUUUAAUGACGACCCAGCAAUCAGCUCCAUAAACUGCCAAAAGAACUCCCUCCUUUCUUAGGUAGUUUGGUUUUGGUGUAUUUUGGAGGGUGAAUUCUGAAAUCGUAUUUAAUUAACAAAAAUAUGUUUUCUAGGUUGAUAUUUGGAUGUAAUUGAGUGUAUUUAAUAACAAAACUAAUCUAAA